GAAAGGAGGAAUUGUAUCUUCAAGCUCAAGACGUAUCGUCUAUUGAGGCCUUGAGCAAUGCCAGAUACGAGAGACGGCCGUGGACUGGUCUCGCGUCACUUACCGGACGCAAGUCUUUCUCCCAUGAACCAUAUUCCUCCGGAGAUCCUCGAGCUCAUUCUUCUCUGCGUCGCCGCCCACGAGCCUCUCCACCUUCCGCCAAGCAACUUCCGCGUCUACCGGGAAAGAUUUUUUGCGUGUCCAGCGCUCGUCCUGAGCUGGGUAUGCUCCCGAUGGAGGGCUAUCAUCAUAUCCAACGCCGCGUUCUGGGCACCUGCUUCCAUCCACAUCACCCUCACGGACUACGUGGCGCGUGAGGACGAAACUGUCGCGGAGCACGCUGCGCGGAAGGAGCGGUGCAUAGCUCUGCUCAAGUGCUACCUGGAGCGGUCGCGAUCGAUGCCGUUGCGCCAAGUCAAUCUCAAUUCGUACUUUGACGACCCGGAGGACGAGGAGCACUGGGAGCCCGCCUUCGGGGACAUCGUGCGCUACAUAGCGUCGACCGCGCACCGCUGGAAGGCCUGCACCCUCCCGGGCUACGUCGUCGAAUGGCUGUCCGUCACGCCCGACGCCGCUCCCGAUCCCGUACUUCUCGAAUUCGCCGCCAUCGAGGAAAAGUACACCGGUACAGUGUACGACCGCCUGCAGUUCUUCCUCCGCGCGCCGCGCCUGCGCCGCUGGCUCGGCGACAUCCCGAGCAGCGCCGCGGUCUCGCGCCUCCCGUGGCAGCAGCUCACCGAGAUCCGCAUCUGGCAGUUCAUGCCCGUCCAGCGCUUCAUGCGCUUUAUCCCGCACUGCGCGCAGCUCGUCGACCUCGAGGUCAGUCUGUACAAAAGCGCGGGCGGCGCGCCGCUCCCGCCAUACGGGACCGUGCUCCUCGCGCACCUCGAUAGCGCGACGAUUGCGCUCGAUAAUGGGGAGAUCUUGUCGAGCCUGUUUGCGACGCUCGUUACGCCGAAGCUGCGGUACCUGGUCCUCAACGGCGCGUCGCCCACGACCCAGUGGGACCUCGAGCGCAGGGGGCAUCUGUGUUUGCAGCGGUGGCCGACGCUGGCUUUUGAUGGCUGGCUGGAACGCUCGCGGGGCGCGCACUCCGAGUCGCGGUGCACGCUGCAGGGCCUGGUCCUCGCGCACAUCUUCAUGCCGCGCGACGACCUCGUCUGGGUCCUCGAAAACCUCCCCGACCUCCAGGACCUCUCCCUGCAGGAGGUAGACGAUGGCUAUCCCGAACAGCAUGGCCACGUGUCCUCCAUUGACGACGACGUCCUCCGGCGUAUGACCGUUCUCGAGCGUAUCACCGAGCGUACGACAAGCCUCGAGCGCAUAUACGAACUACCUGACGAGCUACCCGACCGCAAGCCAGAGCUCCUACCCGAGCUUCGGGGACUCACGAUCGCCGGUGCCAUCCACUUCGACGGACGCAGGCUCCUCGACAUGGUCAAGUCGCGGGCCAUGGUCGAUUCAAGGGUGGAAAUGGCUGACGCCGCGCCGCCCCUCGAGUUCCUCUGCAUCCAACCCGAAAAGGGUUCGACCACGAUGCUAGACGAGGCGACGCAGACUGAAUUGCGGGACAUGGUGAUGCAAGCGCAACAGCGCGACAUGGUGGUGCAAGCGCAACAGCGCGACGUGGUGGCACAGUCUCAACAUCGCAAUACGCUGGGAGACAAGUUCUGCUACGGCGACGCGGAUAUCGCCAUGCAGAGGCUGGGUAUAUUUUUCAAACAACAGCCGCGAUGGGUGCCUACGCUUCGUAUCAUGGAUAUCGAUAUCGACGCUAUGGAGGAGUAGCGUUGCAUUCACGACCGAUGUGCUCGGGUGUGCUACUCUGCAAGGUAGACUUAUUCUACUGCACGAUUAUAUUUUACUGUCAUGCAUGGUAGACUACUAAAGCGGGCCGCUCCGAGACUACUACGUAUUCCAACCGUCCGAAUAGAGCAUCUCCCUCGCAC